AUGGCUAAGAUAGUUGAGCAUUGCUUGAGUAGUUGGGGUUUGAAUCGGGUCCUUAGUUUAACAGUUGAUAAUGCCUCAUCGAAUGAUGUUGGAAUCCAAUAUCUCAAGAAGAGGCUAAUGUCAUGGAACAGUUUGGUUAUGAAGGGAGAUUAUGUUCACAUGCGUUGUUGUGCACAUAUUCUUAAUUUAAUUGUGAAAGAUGGAUUCAAAGAAAAUAUUGAUGCUGUUGUGAGAAUUCGUGCCGCUAUCAAAUAUGUAAGAUCUUCCCCUUCUAGGCUAUCUAAAUUCAAGGCAUGUGUUGAGCAACAAAACAUUGAAUUUAAAGGGCUUGUUUGCCUAGAUGUUGAAACCAGGUGGAAUUCUACAUACUUAAUGUUGGAAGCUGCAUUAAAACAUCAAAAGGCAUUUGAAGAGCUUGAGAUGCAAGAUAAAAAAUACAUUGAAGAGUUGGAAAAAGGGAAGGGUGUUCCUACAUUUGGUGAUUGGGAGUUUGUGAGUGGUAUCUUACCAUUCUUAAAGUUGUUUUAUGAUGCUACUAUGCGUAUCUCUGGUUCAUCUUAUGUGACUAGCAAUAUGUACAUGUUUGAAGCCUUCGGGAUUAGAAUAAAGAUUAAGCAAAUGUGUGCUUCCAAGGAUGUGAUUAUAAGUAUGAUGGCUGAAAACAUGAAAAAGAAAUAUGAUAAAUAUUGGGGAAAUCCUGAUCGACUGAACAUGUUAUUAUUGAUUGCUCUUGUGUUGCAUCCAAGAUAUAAGUUAAAAUUCAUGCAUUGGUUGAUUAAUCAAAGUUUUGAUGGUGUUGUGGCAUCUAAUUUGAAAGACAAAGUGGAAUCAAGUAUAAGAUUACUUUUUGAAGAGUAUAAUGGUGGGAGAAUUGAGUUUGAAGCUAACUCACAAGAAGCUCGACUCAAUGAAGAAGCAAGUGACGAUCCUUAUGGCUACAACCAGUUUUUCAAAUCAACUAGAUCUCAUAAAUCUGAAUUAAGUAAAUACUUAGAGGAAGCCUUAGAAGAGAGUCAAGGAGAUUUGGAUGUUUUAAAUUGGUGGAAGCUAAAUUCGGGUCGAUUUCCAAUUCUUUUAAACAUGGCAAGAGAUUUGCUUGCUAUAUUUGUUUCUACUGUGGCCUCUGAAUCUGCCUUUAGUAGCGGAGGAAGAGUUCUUGAUGCAUAUCGUAGUUCUCUUACACCACAAAUGGUGGAAGCACUUAUUUGCACGCAAGAUUGGCUCAAAGGAACACUUCCACCAUUGUCCUUGAAUGAAAUAGAGGAUUUUGUGGAGCUUGAGAAAUUUGAACAAGAUAUUGUCCCCUCACAAGAUGGUGCUUAUUCAAUCUCCUCCGUUACACUUGAUGAUGACUAG